CUUUCAUGGCGGAAAUUGACGGUAAGCUAUAUGUUUUGAAUAGUUCCAAGUCGAUUUAUGAAUGCACAAAAACGUUUGAAGUUUUCGAUCCAAAGCUGAAUCAAUGGACAGCACUCUCUGAUCCACCAUUUAUUACUGGUAUUCAUCCAGUCAGGCCUGGAUUUGCUGAAUUCUGUUACCUCACACUCACUUCUUUUAAGGAAAUUUUCUUGUCAAGUCCAGCUUUUGGUGUUCUACGUUACGACAUUGAUGACGACAUUUGGUACAGUGAUAUGACGUUUGGUCCCCCACUUCUACCCUUUAUGGAUAAGUCCGGUGUAAGCUUUAAUUUUGGUGAUGAAGAUGUGUGUAUUGGCUUUGAAAAUGGGUUUUUAACGGCUUAUCUGGUUAAGGAAAUAUGGGGUUUUAAAAAGGUGACCAAAGUGCAAAAGCUUGGAUUGAUCGCAUCUGAGGAUAAUGGAUGUUGUUGUUUUGCAAAACUUGGGGGUCAGAAGAUGUGUCUUGUUACCAACACCGAGGAUUCAGACUUAGAUGAGAUUGAUGUUGUCGUGGCCACUUGUGAAUUUGAGCGGCUCAAGGACAUUGCAGCUUCUCAAGGCAAACCAGUUGUGGACGAUACCAAUGGCUGUGAUUUCACUUUGGAGGAAAGAGAGGCUAUUUUGAGAUAUGAUUUUUGGAGAGGGAUUUUGUGGAUUUUCGUAUCCUCAGUAAAUAUUGUUACCCCCGCGAUCGAUUUGCUACUGGGUCUUGCGUUCUUUGGAAAGCAAUUGGGCGCUUCGUCCUUAGCUAAUAAGGAAGAUGGAGCAAAUUUUUGUCUGAGUGUUCUGUAGGACUCAUAGGAGUUGAUAAAUGUACAAUGGCUGUGGCCGUGGGAAAAGAUGACUGGUGCUCUAGUUGGGACUAUUGCUGCAUUGUGGGUGGGAAACUUUGGUGGUUGGUGCGCUAGAUAGGUUAGUCCAGAAACUUCCUUGAGGAGGAAUCAACACUUUUUUGCAGGGUCAAGCCGAUUCUUCUUUUACCAGGGAAAGAAGGGUUCUCAUAUUUUACCUUUUAAUUGAUAGAAAUUAAUCUAGGUUAGCAAUGUUUUCUUGCCCUUGUAGCAUAUUUGGUACUGAUUAGUAAUUUAUUCAGAUUCAA